GGGACCGGACCGGACCAGAACGGAUCCGACCCCACCCCACCCGGCGUUCUCUCUGCCUCAGGCCGUCUCAGCUCGCCGCGGAGAAAAACACGUGCUUCCAUCGCACUAUCGAGGAAAUGGCUCCAUUGUUAUCUUCCCUCCAUCGUAUGAGAUACGAAGUGCUGUUCUUUCACUGUCUUAAGAUGUUCAGGAACAUUUUCACAUUUUGGAACAGUUGCUCCCACCUGUUCAGAAAGGAAUGUUGAAUAAUACUGUCAGCAGAUCAACUAUGUUAAUACUUGAGAUGUUCUGAAGACUUGAUACACAGUCCUUCCAGUGGCACAUAAGACAACUGACGACAGCAGCAGCACAGUUGGGCAUGAAGGUUUUAUGCCUAUGUCUGUUCAGAAAUGCCCUUUCAGUUAUGUACUCCCAUAAACUGAAUCAGCAUAUAAAUCUGCACGCUAUGCAAUAGAUGUAUAUGUAGCGGAGGCGCUGGGAUCCAACUCAGGAUAAUGGUGAGUCGAAUUCAGUCACGUCAGAUGUUGGACUUGGGAAAGCGCCUAUUAAGGACGGCAGUGCCAGCUGGGGAAGGUCUUGCAUCUGGCUAUGUGCUCCUGUCACCAAAGCCACUCCUAAGGCUGCACCAGGGCAGCAGUUUGCAGGGUGAUUGAAUGAACCACAUAUAGCACUGGGGAGAAAUGGAAAUCUUUUUUAAGGUCACCAGUAAUAUCACAGAGACAACACCCAGGCUGUGUGAAGACUCAUGAUUUCUGAUGAUGAUAAUAUCCCAAUGGUGGUCGGAAACAUCUAUUUGGUGUGGAUGAUGAUAACUUAUGUUCUAAUGAGUCUAGUCACUCUCAGUGCUUGUCAUUGCCCAUUUGGGGUGGAAUUCUGCUCUGUAUUGCACUAGAAAUCUUUAAAAUUCUGUCUGAAUAUUUCGGUCUGUUUUCUAUCUAUUUUCUUCACUAUUCACUUAAGAAAAAAAAGUCAUCAUUAGAAAGAACCUUUUUUUUUUUGGCAUUUCUUGCUCGCAUGCAAUUUCUUUUUCGCAUGCAUUUCUUGUUUGCACACAAUAGAUGGAGAACUUCAUGGAUAACUGCUUGCUGAAUAUUUCUAACAAUUUACUGUCUCAACACUUGCACAGUAGUGAAAAAUAUUAACUGUGAAGCUCCUCACCCUGUCCUUUUCUCUAUUAUUCCUCAACCUGAUUAUUUGUGCUGUCCUCUCAGAAUAUUAAUGUUACUGCAAUGAAUAUGGUGAAAGUAAGUCACAGUUCAUGAAAUCUAUUCACAGGAUUUGUUCCCAUUUCCUCACAGGUUGUUCUGAAUUAUAAUGACAGUGAAUGACAUUCCAGAUUAAUGAUGUUGAGGGAGGUUUGGGCACUUUUGAAGACAAGGGAAGUUGUCCCUCUGACCUUUAAUCGUUAGGAGUUCACUCAAAGAAUUAAAAUGAAACAUAAAAUAGAUAUUAAGGCUUGGAUAAUGACUUAUGGGAUUACUUCUAUUGAAGUCUUAUGUGCCUAGAAAAUUCCUCGGCGCUAAUAGCUUGGGGGAACAAUGUGCUUGGCACCAGUGGUAUUUUUCACUGCACUGUCUUGCUUUGUGCUCUAGAAUCUGCUCUAGUAUGUCCUUUCAUUUACUAAGAGAAUACAUACUCCAUAGACGUGCUCUUCAUAGGUAUGCACAUCCAUAUUAGCAAGAUGCUUUAAUUUUUCAGCUUUCAGUAAGCCACUAAAAGUGUUUGUCUAUCAUGUGAGUUGAAUUGUAGGAAGUAGGAGUUGCUGAUGUGCUAUUUUAAAAAUGUUUAAAGUUUUACAAAGAUGAUGUAAGAGAUACUGCUGGAGAUUAGAAGAAAUUCUUUCUGAAGUUACCUUGAGGCAGUAAUUGACGGUAAGCUUGCUUCAGUAGCUUUCUGUUUGUGUUAGAGUUCAAUAAGGUAUUGUGUCAUUUCUUCAGCAGGUGUUGCAAGCAACUAAAUAGUUUGUUUUAAUAUUUUGUGUGGUUAAGCAAAUACAUUUUGAACAACUAGAUUCCGAUUGGAAUAUCAAACAGACAUCCUAUUUCCAGUACUUCCAACUGUUAAAAAUAUGUAUAACCUGAAUUCUUAAGAUACCAAUUUUAUUAUACAUGAAGCUUCUUGAUUUAAGGUAAGCUUGGAAGAUUUGAUGUUGAGCUGUUAAUUUCAGAAAGGUGUGAUUUACUUCUGCUAAUAAUGAAUACAAAAUGGCAUUUGGUUAUUUGUUUAUUAAAGAUGCGCACGUCAUUGCUGUGGUACUUCAACUCAUCCCAAGUCAUAACUUAGCCUGCAGUGAUUAAAAUGAACCUUCAAGUGGCAUCAUGUUUUGGCCAUUGUCUAGUCACACAAGGCGAUCACUGAAUUGUGUGACAAGCCACAGCUUACAUGAUGACAUCAGGCAAAAUUGCACCACGGUGUCAUAAUGUCACAGACUGAUGAACCACAAUAUAGUCACUUUGCUGUGUUGACCCUACAUUUCAUGCUUGAAAUGUAGUCACUGUUAGCUUCAGGUUGUUUUUUUUUUUAAAUGACAUGUCAAAAAGAGUGUUCAUGUAGUGUACUAUGCUAUAAAGCAAUGUCCAGAUCAGUCUACCAAGUGAAAACCACCUCUACACAAUGCCCUAAAAAAGAAGGAUUUAAGAGAGAGUCGCUUCCAAGAUUAAAGUAUGUUCAACUUAUCCUGAAAUAAACAAAAAUGAGAUGAUGACUUACCACUUGGGAAGAGAGGGACAAGAGAUAAUCAUUUCCUUGACAAUUACCUGAGACUGUGCAGAUGAAAUGUCUUAAUCCUACACUGUCAUGUUGAGGUAAUUUGGGAGGUAGAAAUAGUGCUCAGUAUGUUAAUAUAAAGUACAAGGAAACUGUACUGACAACAUUAGCGAAUAAAUCAAGCAGACAUAGAAUUCAAGUUUCUCAGUCUGCUCUUUAAUUAUUUACAGUUUACACUCUCAAAACUGGAAAACACAUUGACUUCUCCACUUAUCUUUUUGAACGAAUUGUCAUACCUGGCAUGGUAUAAAAUGUAUAGAAAAGAAUAGAGCAACCUGGAAAAGUCAGUUACGCUUGUGAGUAGGAUGUCAACAACAACUGUGUAUACUAAGGUGUGAAAACCGUCCUGAGUCUGGCUUCUUGAAAUGUUGAAAUCACCAGGCCAUCAUUAGAAUUUUCUGCUUUUUGUCCACUGGGACAGAGGACAAACAUGACAAGCAUUACCUGUGAAGCAUCAAGUCUUCUGAUUUUUCUAUCUGCGUACAGAAGUGAACUGCAUGAGGCUGCAGUGAUCUCUUAGUCAUUUUUUUUAGUUAGUUUUUUGUUUGUUUGUUUGUUUUGCAACAGAAAAAGGUGAACACACCGCAAGACUAGUUGCAUUGAUAAAUUGAUUUCAGUGUGAGGAGGAAAAAAAGUUAUUUAGACAGCUUUUUUUUUUUCUUUUUAAAUCAAUCCCCUUUGAAACUCUCAUGUUUACACUAACUAGAUCUCUUCUUCGGUCAGGAUUACUACUUCUGCCACGGGACUUGGUUUCCCAAUGGUAUGAAGAAAUGAAGAGAAUCAAUAGCAGCUGAAAUUUUGAUUCUGGGUGAUGUUGUAAAUGGGGAAGCUGGAGCAUUCCUGAAAGGCAAAACCUGAAAUGGGGAAUGAAAACAAUCUCUUCUAAUGGCAAAUAUAGCGAGUGGGAUGGAGAAAGGAAAUAAAUACUCAACCUGUUCCUGGAAUUGUUUUCAGAUUUUCAUCGUUUUGCGCUUAAUCUUAACUGACGAAGUGGUAUGUACUACUGGUGUCUAAGUGCUAUUCUCAGCUUACUAUCUGAAUUAUGCUUUCAGAGCCUGUGAUCAAAAAUCAAACUGCAAUUUGAGCUCUUUUUUCAAGUAUAUUACUGAACCAGGAAAAAAAAAAGCCCCACAAAUACUUAUAUUCAUUAACACCCAGUAGUUUAUCUUCUGUCCCAUCUCCAAGAACCAUUGGGGAUUGCGGGGUUUCUUUUGAUUCAUUCAAUCUUCAGAAAUUUAAUAAACUUUAAUUUAAAAAUUUCAAAAUGAAAAUAUUUUUCCAGACAAGAAGUGUGAAACUGACAAAUGAAUGUGCUUUGCUUAUUUCUUACUUUCCUUUUUUUCUCCUUUUUUUUUUUUUUUUUGGAAGAUUUGCCCAUCAGGGUCUGUGGUGACAAGACAAGGGGAAAUGGUUUCAGACUUAACGAGGGUAGAUUUUGGCUGGAUAUGAGGAAGAAGUCGUUUACGGUGAGGGUGGUGAGGCUAUGGAACAGAUUGCCUGGAGAGUGGUGGAUGCCCCAUCCCUGGAGACACCCCAAGGUCAGGCUGGAUCAGGCUCUGAGCUCCUGAUGGAGAUGUAGGUGUUCCUGUUCAUUGCAGGGGAGCUGGACCAGAUGACCUUUAAAGGUCCUUCCCAACUCUAAGGAUUCUGUGAUUCUAUUUGCAGAUACUUUUGAUCCGAUACUUUUGAUACUUUUGGACCUGAAUCUGAUUUUUUUUUGUGUGUUUGAAACACUUGGUCUAGGCAUUAUAGGCAUUAGGGGCAUUGCUGCUAGUACAGCUGAGGCAGGUGGAUUGCUGUGCUGAUGUUGUAUAUGUUACAUCGGCAUCCUCCCAGGGAACAGUGAAAGGCAGCACUUUGCACUCUGACACAUGGAGUUAGGUGACAUGAGCGCUGUGUUCAGAGCUGUGCUUCUGGUGUAGACUGCAUUCAGAGAGAUUACAGAUAUAAAAAAACAGGGCUGCUGGCAGUCUCCUGCAGGAAUCUGAUACACGCUGAACUCCCAUACACACGGAGCAGUGCUCUUGGAGUAGCCGCUGUUGUAACAGGCUGACAGCUGUCUCUGCAUGAGAGUUAAUGCACAAUACUUGUUACUCUUGUCGUCGUGCUUUAUUAAUGGGGUGAUUGAAGUCAGGGGGUCCUUGAUGAGGCAGUACCUGCAGAAAGGUAGCAAAUGUCAAGGUUUUUUAGCAAGCUUUUAGCAACGGAAGUGUUAAUUUCACUUGAGUGUUUUGCAGAGCUGUCUAGGUGCAUUAUGGCUAAUUUGCAGCUAUCUCUUCUCUUGUGCUUAUUUUAAAGCUCUUAAGAGACUGGGCUUUAUAUCAGUAUUUGCAAUUGACAGCUUGUGAAGUUGAAGAGGAGUAUGAGUUGCUGUUUAGGUUAAAUAGGAAGCAUUAUUUAUAAAUAGGAAGGAAGAAAACUGACAGCUAACACAGCACGAAGAAGCCCGAGAAAGGUAAUUUUAAUACAGUAUCGUUAGACUAACCCAUUCCAACAGAAUAAAAUAUUGCAGGAAAAGCUUGUCAGGAGGUGCUGCUUUUCCUGUAGAAGCAGCAGGCUUUGAAAUUCCACAGCUGGAGAUACAGUGCUCCCUCUUAGAAUCUGAACUAUUAAAAUGCAACCCAGGGUAGGACUUACAUCCCUUGGUUUAGGCUGCCUUGUGCCAACAUGUAGUUAUAAGCCAGAGGCGUGCUUUUGCCCUGUGUCAAAGUGAGUGGAGCCUCUUUGCUCACAACCAAUCAGUGCUCAAAAGAGAAAUAACUCUAAUUGGGAAAAUGGACAACAGGAAUGGAUUUUUCCUUCUGCCCACAUAACAAAAUACUUAUUGUCAGAUCUCAAAGUGAUAGCUGCAUUAGGAAUGUCUGUACGGAGAGCUAAAAUAAAGGUAUUGAUCUGCGGCUCAUAACAAACCCUCUUAACCAUGCAACAUCUAUUCAAUUAACAGAGAGUAUAGUAUUUUAAGCUCACCAAAAUUUGAAUUAGAUCAGACAUUCAGUACACAUCUUUUUAAUUGGUUUUCUUGAUUUAUGAUCUAGGUAUAGAAUCUUGAGUUCCAUUUCAUCGUUUAAUAAUGAGAGCUGUCCUAAAACACUGCCAUUAAAUUAACUUCUAGGCCCUUACUAAAACUUGUCUGAUAUAGGCAUUGCUUUAUAACGGUGUGAGACAUUGAUUAAAUGUUAUUACAGCAAAAAGUUUCGUUAGCUGUAAUUGCAAGCUUUUCUUCUUGUAUUGGAUAGUCCUAUGCUGCUGUUAACUUACUUCAGUGUUAAAGGCCUGUACAGUUUUUUAGCGAAGAGUCUUCAGUAGUUUUGUGAUGAUAUUGAGAUUUCAUAAACAACUUCAUUGAUUGAUCCUCCCUGUUUGACAUCUGCAGUUUCCUGCUAUCCAGCCUUGAUACCAGGCUGGCAGCAAACCGGGGAUAGUUUGAGUAUAGUCACUACUAACAGUAUUUAUGCUUGUUGCUUCUUUGCUACAUUUGCACCCUUAAUCUUUAUGCAUACAUGCCACAAUUAUGAAUUUUGAUUCCAAAAGAUGCCAGUUUAUUUAUUUAUUUUUACAGCACCUUCUGUUGCAUUCUUUUGUGGUUAUUAAUGAGAAGUCCAAAUCAAACUUCUUAAUUGCUGGGGUGCUGAGCAUUGAACUGUAAAACAGAUUGAAUAACUUCUGCUGGAAGAAAGAGCUCGUAAGGGAAAUAAAGAUACUGGGGCUCUCAUGUGGCACCAACACGCUGUGAAGCAGAAUGUCCCCUCCAACCAGCUGAUCGGUGCCAGUACACAAGGGAGUGUAAUACUGCAGAUGAUUCAAGGCUCAGUUACCCUUAUAUCUAUUACUUGAUGUCCUCACGUGUGCUGUAGAUUUAAGCAAACUACUCUUCAACAAUGUACGUAAUAUUGGUGGUAUUUAACUAAAAGGUUUGCAUCAAAGAAAAGUGAGGUAUUUUCUGGAUCAUCUUAGGUCUGGCUGGCAAGCUGGUCACCCUGAUCCAGGAAGAACCAUACAUAACGAACAAUGUCUUCAGCUAAAAAAUAAGGGGAAAAAAUGGCAUACUUUUGGACAAGAAGGCGAUGUCAGAGUGUUAUUUAACAGGGAAGCAGAAUGAAAAUGUGGUCUGAGAGAAGACAGAAAGUAGCCAAGCUGAAAUGGUUACAAGGAAGGAAAACUUGAACACUGUAGAUUGAAGCUAUAAAAUGACAAAAAAAUAAAAAAUAGCAGUCUGGGAAGGAAAGGAACAGAUGUCCCAUUUGCUGUUCAAUAAGUUCACUUCCUUGGCUUCUAAUCACUACUUUUCAUAUUCUCAAGCACUAACUCACUGCAUGUACCAUCAAAAUAAUCAACUCCUAGCAUAUACUGUGUGUUUUAGAUAACCCACCUGUAGAUGCACACUAUGGUGUGGAAAAAAAAAUAUAUAUUAAUAAAAUGUGUGAGUACCAUUGUUUACAUCAGUUUUAAAUUUCUAUGAAUACAGAAUAUAUGUUUGCUGAUGUGGAAUUGACCUCUAGCAAAAGCAUGGAAUGAUAUGAACCCAGUGAUGUUUUUGGUUUUUUUAAUAUAGCAUCAAAUACUUGGAUUUCAAUUCUUUUUCAACAUUGGAAAAAACAUUUUAAUGAAAGAGUUUCCAUUGCCUGAACUCGCUUCAUUUUUGCUUCUUGAAUAGCUUUAAAGAAGUAACGUUUGCGUAAGCCAUUGUUAGUGAUGAGGUAGGAAUUAAGGAAUUUGAAGUAAAUGUGCAUCAUUUCUGGUUUGCAGUAUAAAAUUACACGUGAAUAAAAGACUAUAUUUGCAGGAACUAUUUGUAUCUAGCCAUAAGAAUCUCUGCAACUUUGUGCUUCACUGUAUGGUGUGGGAGAGAAAGCUUUGCAUCCUGAAAGCAGUUCAGGUAACACUGGAUGAAAUAGAUGUCCAGAUCAGUAGAGACAACAAAUAUAAUGAAAUGCAACGGAUUAUACCAAUACAACAUAAAGAUGAUGUAUACCUGAACAAGGCAAGUUCUAGAAUCUCUCUGUAUUUUCUGGGUCUCCAACUCAGGGUAGUUUCAGUAGGCAGCACAGUCUUUAUGCUCAAACUGCAAGCUACUGUUGGGACCUCUUCCUAAACAGUUCUUUGCUCAAGGCAAAUGAGCUGCUGUGCUGUGUUGUUGUAUGUUGCAAAUGUCUCUUUUUUUUCCUCUAGUCCCAAAUAACAUUCCCUUUCUAAAAUUAAUUAAGCCCAGUGAUUUAGCUUCACUUACGUUAUUAACAUAUUUGCUCAAGCAGUACAUUUUGUGACUUGCUUCGCUUAGGCACAUCUCACAGCCCACUGGCUGUUGUUGAAGAGGUCUUUCCAACUGAUGCUAACUGAAGCUGUCUGAGCAAUGUAUCAAGUGUGUUAUGAGACAGAAGAUGUUCCUAUAAGAGAUGGGAUCAUUACAACAGUUAUAAAACUGUUACAUUUCAAAAAUGCUGUCACCACCUGAAACCAUAAUUGGAUAGCCAAAGACUUGACUGUUUUGUGCAGUAGUGUCUAAACUUGAUUAACUGCGUUGCUCUUAGGUAAUCCAAAAACAUCUAGAAUCUCUUUUCCUUGUGGUUAAUGUGGUGGGGAAGGAGUUUAGAACUGGUUAGCAAAUCUAGCGUGUAUUAAAUUCAUUGAUGUCAUGAUUUUCACCUUUACAAAUAUCAAAGGAUGACUUUAACUCUUCAACUUUGCUUCUUCUGAAAGUUUAAGAUGUCUGAAUCUCUGCUGGUUAUUGUAAACUGGCUAGUCAAACAGUUGCCUUUGAACACUUGUGGACUGCUCAUCUAUUUUUAUGGGUUUUGUGCUAUAGCUGGAACUCUGCUUCUGAUCUUUUCAGAACUAGUCCAAAGAGAAAGUUUUUGCUUGGUUUGCUCAUUAGUCGCAGUAUUUUGGUGAGAUCCAAACUAACUCAACAGAAACGAGGUUUUUUAGCGUGUGUUUUAUGUCAUGAGAACAGUUGAGAAGCCAUAUUUAAAUUGUGAUGCAGAAGGCUAUUUUCAGUUUUGGAGACAACUAGUCAGUUUUAUCUAGCUUGUUUAUACAAAAAACCAUCAUCCCCUCGUCUUGUGAUAAAUGUAGGUUUAACAGGAGUGCCUUAAGCCGUGGCAAGGUGCCUGUUCUGCAGAGGGUUGGAGGCAGAUGACCUUUAAGGUCCCCUUUAACCUAAGACAUUGUGUGAUUCCCCUGCUGACUUGGUGCAUUGAGAAGAAGUUAUGUCUUUGAUCAGAGCUCUUUUCCGGUAUGACAAUUGCAGGUUAGAAUUCAGUUUGUCUGAUACGGUAGUGCCAAUGCUCUUAGCCAUAUCUGCACACUGUCAUGGAUUUUGCAGCAGUAAUUAUGAUUUUUAAAAAUAGACCAUACCUUUUUAGUUGCUCGCUAACGUAGCUCUCUUUAAAUUUUAAGCAUCACCUUAAUCUUCAGCAAGAGAUUUGUGACCAGUUUUCAAGGUUGCUUCUGUGUUUCUGGCCGUGUGCAGCCUGGUGAUCCUUGAAAGCCCUCCAGUUCAGACUUACUCUUCUUAAAGUGACCUGGGAGCUUCAGUCUGAGAUGUUGCAUAUCGUUUCACAUUUGAUCUGUUUUCUCUAGAGCCCAGUGAAUUAGAGGACGUUAGUUCUGUCACUCAGGGGCACAGCUGAAAAUGCUACCAACUGCUGCUGGGAUUGUAGAACAGGGCUGCUGAAGUUUUGACAUUUACAAGCUCAAAAUGAUCUACACUUUUAACAGAAGUUUUUAACAGUGUAAAAAGCGUUUGGCAGCGGUAUACAAUCUAACCUCUGCCCCUUAACGUUAUUACCUUCCAGGAGCUGCCAGUCCUAAAUGAUUAUACAAUAAAUCAUAACACGCUGAGACAACGGUGAUCAUCGGGGCCAUAUGAGAAGUCCAACUCCUUGCCUGUUCUUGUAUUCCCUGGAAAUAGUUUGCUCUUUUAGAAUGGUUUGCCAUCAAGGGCAGUUGGAUGAGAGGUCUUGUGUUAUUCCUAGCAAAGUAUUUUUUUUCUUUUUUUUUACCCCUUGUUCAAGAUGAUUUGGUUUUGUUUCUUUUCUUGCUGCUGUUGGAGUUUGGUUUUGGGUUGGACUGUGGGUGUUCAUAUUUCCAUAUUAUUGGGAGGAGUGUAACCUUGAAUUACCUUAUCUGAAGUAGAUAGCACAGUUAUGGAUGGCUUGUACUAAAAGACACAAAAUAUUAUAAAUUCAGAAACAUACUUCACACUUACAUGAAUCAAUUAUCCAUACUAAUAAAGUUGUACGUCUGAUAACUUUCCUGUAAUACGAGCACUUGGUUACUGCCUCCAGGAGAAAUAUACUGGAGUUUCUGCUUAUGUAUGAUUUUGUGGAUGGGCAGUCAAAAAUACAGUACUGUGUGACAGUGAACGUUCCUUUAGGCCCUAGGAUGUUAGGCUGCUUGUAGUUGUUCAUAGGAAGGUAUUUAUCUGUAUCAGAUGUAAAAAUUAUAGAUAAUCUUUGCUGGUUUUGUUGAAGGUAUCCAAAAUAUGGCUUUAUUUCUCCACGUGUUGAAUCUUGCACAUUCUUAAGGAAGUGCCUGUAUUACAGGUGCUGUCUCUGAAGCUGUAUGUGGGUAGUGAAGUAUGUGGGUAGGUGGCAGGUGAAAAAAACGUGCAUUCAAAUAAUUUUACAAGGCCCUUUUUCUGCACCGGUGUUGCUAAGUUUGUAUGUUGAAGUACUCUUCAUUGAAGCACUGAAUGUUUAAUAUCAAAUAAACUACCAAACUUCCACCUGUGGGAGGUGAUAUAAUCCCAGCUGCUAAAAUAGUUUACCAUUUCUUAAAACAGAGUUUUGGCUGCCAGAAACCUGUUUGAAAAAGGUUUUUUAAUACUGAUUUACAUUAUGCUAAUGCGCAGAGUCUCCGGUCUUUGGAAUAGGAAUAUUGUUUGGUUUUCCUACUUUUCUUCUAUAGUUAGAUCUUAAGGCUAAUGAAAGCCUUAAUGUUAAAGGCGAGAUUUUAAAUUCUACUACUGUAGUGUAUUUUUAUGGAGCGUAAAGUGAAGAGCAAUGCAUGUGCUACUAACACCAUAGCACUGGCUCUGGGAGGCAUCCUGCACUGCAGUCCUGGAUGGCAGCUAAAAACACACUGCUGGGCUGGGUGAGGGAAAAAGCUCUUCUCUUCAUUCUGCUCAAAAAUAACAGUUCAGUGCAUGGGAAAGAUGUGAAGAUGGCAAUGAUAAUGUUAAGACAACAGUGACAACUGACAAGGUCUUUGAUGAGCAGGCAAUUGUUAAAAUAAUGUUCUUUCAACAGAAAGUCGGUAUUUCAUGAAAGGUAAUUCCUUAGUGGGUAAAAUCAUGCUUAGUGCAUUUGUUGGUAUGCCCACAGAUCUGGCUCAAUUGCUUUGCGUCCCUUUGAAGUGCAAUGGAAUAACUUUCCCCCUGCCCCUUCCAACCUCCUAAUACCAUCUCCCCACCCCCCAAAAAAGAAAAACAGGCAGAAGAAAAUUAGAACAAUUAUUUGACUUCUUUUGCACGAUGAUGCACCUUCAGUAGACCUACAGAGACUGUGUGGUUUGGUCUGUUGUCUAUAGUGGUACUGUAAAGGAUUCUAAGCUGAACAUGGGAUAAUCAGAAUUUCUCUAAACAGAGAGGCUUCAACUGUUUUACAUCAUGAUGAGUGAUUAAUUCCUACACUGCUCUGUAGUUUAGCAAGGGUGGGACCAAGGCUUGAAAAUUGCCCUGGAUUCUGCACCUUAUUUUUAGACAGAUUUCCUGCCUACCAGUCAUCUGGUCAUCUUAACUCUUUUUCAUUUGACCAAAGCUAAAACUGAGUUAUAUGAUAGAAGUAUUCCAUUUUGUAUACAGAAAACGUAAUGGAGAUGGAGAUGUUUUAAAAUACAUUGUUUUACUUGCAGUGCACAGCUUUUCUAAUAUAAACCACCCAAGGGGUGCUGAAAGACUUACUAGUACAUAUUUCUGUAAGAUCACUAUUUCACCGAGGAGAGCAAAGAUCAUUUUUCGAGCAAAUAUCAGCAAAAUAUCUAGCAAAUAUCAGCAGAACUUUCAUUUGAUUGAUGCAAUAUUUGAAUCUUGUGUAUUUUUUCCCAUCUGAUAUUAGAUAGCAAAACGGGGCUUAUAGGUUAGAACAGUACCAGCUGUUUUGCGUUAGCAAAGCCGACUAAGGAAAAAAAGAAUAACAUGUUGAUAUAUAUAUAUAUGUGUAUAUAUUUGUUGUUGUUGUUGUUACAAUAGCCUGGUUAAAAUGAACUUUCUGAAAAAUAUAAAAACAUAUGAAUGAUGUCCAGGUGGCAGAAAAAACUGUGUAAAAUACUUCAUAAAACUUCGUAGAUUUUAAAAACACAUUCAAACUAAAGCAUGCCAGAAAACUGUGCUUAUAGAAAACAUACAUAUCACGCUACAUUUGAAGAAAGAAAUAUUUCAGUAGGACAAAAAAAUGUAUAUCGGAAAUGCUACCUAUCUGCAAAACGGUGGGUUAAAUGAAAGAAAUGUAACGCCGAUGGUAUUUUAUCCAUUUGGCCCCACUUUUCCUGCUGCAAUUGAUUUGGUUUGGGUACUUAGUACCCAGUUCGGCUAUCCAUGGAGCUCAAGUAGAAAUGUCGGAGGAGUAGCUGGCUAUCCAGCGGGCUUUCACGUGAUGGAUGUUGCCAAGGAAACCACUCCCUUGGUAGCCAUGCAGCGAGCACGUCCGCCUCUUCAAGCUUGCACAGAAGUGUCAGUCUAUCAGUUGGAGGAAGGAAAGCAAAACAGCUGUAGAGAAAACUUAGUAGGAAGAACUCGUUUAAAUGGCUGGGUGCCAUAGAUGUAGAAGUUAGGAGGUUCUUCUUGAGGGUCCCCGCAAAGGGACAACGGUAUGUGUUGGGAAGGGCUCUCUCAGCAGCACGCUAAUGGCUUUGGAUGGAGUUACUCUGAUGUUCUCCUCCAUGGACACAGAUUUCAAUCACACGUACGUGAUUCAGGCUCCAAAGCAAAGUGGAAAUCACAAGGCUGUGGCUGUUUCAAGAGCUACCCAAACACUUACUCUUUUGAAGGGCAAUAACCCCACACUCAGUACAAGCAGACUUCCAAAGUGCAGGUGUCCCUUAAAAUGCGUUUUAGCGGAUGAUACGACCUUAUCCAUAAAGUUUGGGAAAGGGUUUUUUUUCCAUCACAAUGCACAUUAGAACCAAUGUGUUGCCAGUGAUCUCUUGAGGUCCCUUCCAGCCCCUGCAAUUCUGUUUGUGUGAGAACUCUCAGAAAGAAACUGAAAGUGCUACGUUUGGGGCUACCAGACAUAUUUGAACUUGCUUCUGAUCUAGCAGUUGUGCCACUGGUUUCAAAUGCCCAUCGGGUGUCCUUCACGAGGGGUGAAAUGUCACAAGAGUUAGCAUUAUUUAAACCUAAGGAGUUUUGAAGCUGAGAUCGGUUACUUGGUUAAGUACUUUAGUAGCAGUUUCCAUUAAGCAUAUAAACAGAGAUGAAUUUAUCACUCGUGAGCACAUUUCAUCCUCUCUGAAAGCAUCUGCCUAGCAGCUGGUCUGAGGCCAAGUUCUUAGUUCUCCAGUAUCAAAGGAGCUGUUAAUAUUUCAUAUUUUGUACAGUUGACUCAAAUGAUUCAUAUCUUAUGUUUUUUGUCUUGUAUGGAUCACUAGAUGCCUGCUUGUUGCAAAUUACCUAGAGAGCAGGUCAGAAGCAGUAAUAGAGCUCUCGUGUCAGACUCAAAGCUUUAUUUUUGACCUGAUUAUCUCACCAAACUCCUCACUGGAAGGCUUCCUGUGCCCAUGUAUCAAACCUUCUUGCUCUAGAAAUCCUCACAAAAGGCAAAAAAAAAAAAAAAGAGAUCCACUAAGCACUUCACUGCCAAGGUCCUAUGAGAGGUGGUGAUUUAGGAUUACGAGGGUUCUUGGGAUAGUAAUUAGGAGACCAAAAUGGUUUUCCAUAAGUUGUUUCUCUUUCUUCACGUGCUUUCAUUUAUUCACUUGCACAUAAUGCAUGUAGAAGAUAGGAAAAUGAUUCAUGUGUCUGUGCUGUACUGGAGUUACUUAAGGUAAGUAAUUGAAGAAUAUUAACUUCCUUAUUUUGGUUUAAUUCUAGUUUUGAUAGCUAAGCUGCACUCUUAAAAAUCCCUUGGCAAUUCCAAAUGAUUCAUCUGUCUCUUCCUUCUCAGUACCUUCCUACUUGUCAUUGUUAUGUAUAGGAAACUGUAGCUCAUUCUCCCAUGAGGGGCUGAAAAUGAUUCCUGUAAGCCAUGUACUUAGCAAAUCCAUCUGUAAAAUGCAUUUGAAGAGCUCAUGAAUAUGUUGAGGGUACCCUACAAAUGGAAGGUUAUUCAUUUAGUGAGAGUUUAGUUACACAUUUUCUUUAGAUGUCCUUCCUUGGAAAUUAACCAGUACAGUAUGAAAGGAAAAAAGUCUGAAUUGGUGUCUGUUACUUUGAUAUAUUCAUAGAAAUACUGAUAAUUGUGUGGAUUAGCAUGAUAUUCUCACGGUAUGCCAUUUCUUGAAUGAUGCUAAUAUUCUCAUGAAUGAUGUUCAGUGCACAUAGGAGGACCCCAACAGUUGUAUAUAUACAGUAUGUAUAUAUACAGUUGUAUAUAACAGUUGUACAGUUGUAUAUAUAACAGUUGUAUAUAACAGUUGUAUAGUUGUUUUAUUUUUCUGUCUAUAUAUGAAUAUUACAUUUUACAUUGCGUUGUAGCCUUACUGUUUUUUAAAUACUUGUACACUGUAGUGCAUAUAUUGAAUAUAUAUUUUUUGAAAUAUAAUUUGAGUAUGAUAAAUUAUAAAUUCAAGAAAUAACAAUGUUUAUAGCCUACUCAGAUUUCCAAAAUUUGUUUCGUAUUAGUUGAAUACAAAUUAAAUUUUGAAAUGAUGGUAAUUUACUGAUAUACCUAUUUACACAGACAAAUGUUAAAACGGACUAAGAAAUUGCCUUUCAGAUUUUGAGUCUCUAUUUUCUUUAAAAAGGAAAGGAAAAAGGAAAGGCAAGGCCAGUGCAAAUAAAAUGUACUUUUUUUUUCUUGUCCUCAUUAUUUUUCCAUUUUCCUUUCUAUUCCUAUUAUGAGCUCUGCUUCUUGGAUCUAUUUUCUGUUGCACAUAGGCAUUCCCUAUGAAUGUGAAGUGUUAAUCAGUGUCAUGCUUUUCACUUGUAAAUAAAAUUGCCCCUUCAAUCAAAUUGUCCCUUCAGCAUACUGUUCGUUAGACAAUGUGCAAUUAAUUCAGCAAGAGUUGAUCUAAAACUUGCCCACCUUGACAUUCAGUUCGUUUUGUUCUCAUCAAUUAAUGUGUUGGUUGAUAAACUACUCCUGCAAGCCACUGCUGGUUUAUAGCAAGCCUAAAUGUGAAGAAACCUGCCCAGAAGAUACUCAGGGAAAAGGGAGCUUCCUUUGCAGGACUGGUAUUUUAUCUCUUCCUUCACUUUAUUAGGCACCUCUGUACCACCAGUAACCAUUGCAGAGCUCAGAAUGCUCAACGGCCUUAACAGAUCCAGGACUUAACUUGCUUCAUGCCUACAUAAGAGUCGCUGUGUUGAAAUAAAAUAUACUCAGCUCUCCAGUUUCUGUGUUACAAACAGCUUCAGCUCACCUUGAAUUAGUCAUGCUGAAAUCAUCCACAGGGUUACUUGCCUAUACAAUGUGCAGAAAUUAGCCUGAAUUGUUAAGUAGGCAUUUACUAAUUCAGUUUCAUAUUAGUAGUAGAUGUAAUUCACUCCUAAGGGUUGGUGAUGCUUCUUGUGUUAUUUAAGAAAACUCAUUGUCUGCAGUUGUCUGUAUAGUUAUUCAGCAGCAGCUAAGAUGUGCCUGUAUAGCUCAGCAUGUAUCCCAUUUUUGUUCUAAAUGAAAACUAUUUGAGUGUAGUAUCUCUAGGCCAUAUUAUUUCCAACACUGCUUUUUAAUACCUAGGUAAAUGCAGAUGACAACCUGUCCAAAUGUCCAGGAGAUGUGUUAGACUGCUCUUUUGUAUCAAUUAAUAGACUUGUAGAAUCACGGAACCGUUAAUGUUGGAAAGAAUCAUCCAGUCCAACCAUCUAUCUGCCAUCACUACUUGCUUCAUUGAGCUGAUGAUUGUGUUGGCUAAUUUGAAAAGAGAUUUUAUUCAGAACACAGUCGGUUUCUUUCCUUAGGGGAAAAGGAAUAUUUCCUCUUAUUUACCCUUCAGAAAAGUUUCUGCACUGAAUGAGAACCACUCCUCAUUUUCCUCCUGCCAAAUGCAGGAAUUGAUGGAAGGAUUUGAAUCCAGAAGCAGAAGGAGAUCACAGAAUGCCACAGAAUGCCAUUGAGUUAAUGAAAAGAGAAGGUCUACUGUAAUCUUGUCUGUAGUAAGCCUGAGUGCUGAAGCAGUAGUCUUCUGUGCUGACAUUUGAAUGAUGACAGCAUUUUCUGAAAUAGGGAUCUUUCUACCUUCUUAGGACAGCUGUCAAAUUGUCAGAGCUCAAGGAUUCCUUUCCUUGUUUUAAAGAUAACUUCUAUAUCUGUUUGCAUAGCUCUAUACUUAGUGACUACUCCUUUAUCCUUUCUUUCUACAGUGAGUGUGCACUGCCGGUUGGAGAACACCAACAGGACUUAGUGAACAGCUGUGCUGAAGAGAAUAAAUAGGCCUCUAGAAGUGAUACCUGUUAGGGUUACAGAAAAAUCUGGGGAAGGAAAUUGGGAAAUUACUACACAGACAUAGACUUAGUUACUUACAGAUUAGCUUUGGUGAGUCAGAUGGGUUCUUUUGCUAACAUUCCACCCCACUUCACCCAAUGAGGUUCAAUGAAGAUAAUAAAUAAGAGCAUUUAGCCCAUGAUACUAAUCAGUCCAGUGAAUGUUGCUUGGUGUUUUGGAAUCUGAUCAUGCAGCUGGAACUCUGGGUUACACAGUAAGCAAAAAUGUGUUUCACUCCAUGUACCGAAUCCUCAGUAAAAAUGUAUUGCUGAAGUAUGUUAGUGUUCAGACCAAGAAGAACUUGAAUAGCUUGUAAAAGCCUUUUUUGGCCAAACAGGGAGUGAGUUAAUCAGAGCAAUGGGCAGUGGGCUGGGAUACUGGGAAGUACUGUCUCCUGUCCAAAUGUCUCUCAGUUGCUGUACAAAAAAGGAUUUAUUUUUUUAAAACUAAGAUGUUUCAAAAGGUCUCAAGCUGGAAAUCAAUCAGUAAUUGUACCUUAGCAGACUGACUGUGUCAGGAAACGGCUCAGGCAUGCUAUAAACAACAGUUGAUCUAUUGCUAUUUGCCAGUCAGUUGCAGGAUGAGCAGCACAUCUAAGAGUCGCAUGGACCAAACCCAUGAUGGACAGCUUUAAAAUUGAGUAAAAAGGACUUUGCAAUUGGCAAUGUAUUUUCUGCUCUAGGUUUUUGGUGUUUUUUUUGUUUUGGUUUUUUUUUUUUUCUUUCUUUCUUUCUUUUUCUGGAUGGUUGGGUUUGGCUUUUUGUUUGUUUGUAUUCCCUGUGUUCGUGGAAUUUUGAGAACUACUUAUUAUUUUAUCACAUUUUAUAUAUUAAUCUUCACUCAAAAUGUUGUAUGCAUGGUUUUAAUGGAUAUUAAGUGCCUCUAUUUAUUUACCACGCUUAAUAAUUUAGAUUUUGAUUGACAUACCUGAUUGAGCUUACAGAUGCUGUCAGGGAACAAAAUGUGAAAUUCUUCCUGAGAAGAGCAAGACAACUCAACUCAUCUCUAUUUAUAAACUAGUAUGCCCAACUCUGCGUGUGCUAAAAAAAAGACAGAUUACUGGUGGGAACGUCUUCAAACUAGUAAUCCGUAAUUAAAUCAGGAAAAGCCACUUUGUUGAAGUAUUGGGGGAAGGAAGGACUUUUUGUUAUAUAAGUCUUUGUGAAAAUACCCUGAAAAUGGCUCCUCUUGCUGAAUUUUCUACUCUUUGUAUGGCAUAAUGCUAACUUUCCAUUUUCUGUGUGGCAUUAUUAGGAAACAUUGCUUUUUUGAGAAGGGCGGUCAGGCGCUGCAACGGGCUGCCCAGGGAGGUGGUGGAGUCACCAUCUAAACAAAAAAGCCGACUUAUUUUCACAAAUUUUUCAACUGUGAAAUCUUAAUACUAAAUUUUGUAAUAUAAAAUCAUAUCGUCUUAGGACAGUUUUUACAUUAUUCGCUUCCAUUGAUCUCUUCCUCUCCUCUUAGAAGAAUGGUAUCUUGCUCUUACGAAGUUUUCAUGUCCUUUAUUAGCCUACAUUCAUUUAUUCACUCUUUACUUGCCUCUUCCUUUAGCUAAAUAUUCUUAAUCUGUCAGUGGAGCUCAAUUUUGUAUGUAGAAAGAUUUUGUGUUUUAUCACUUCCUGCUCUUUCUUUUUUAAUAGAGAAUGACCAGAAAUUAUGACAACAGCUAAACCAUGUGGAUCAGUUUGACCAGUGAUGUGGUGGCUUACCAGGGCUGUAGUACUUGGAGGUGCUCAGCCUUAUCUCAUUUCAAGCAAACACAUCAAACAAAGCACUCAGAGGACACACUUGUGAACAGUAAUGGAACAGCUUAGGAAAAGAAAACUGUUGGUUAGGCUUUCUAGAUAGGUUACCCAAAAAUUAUGCCUCCCAUUUUUUUUUUUCCAUGGAAACUACAACAGCUACAAAGAACUCUAUAACACUGUUUGAUAGAGCAAAUUCUCAACUAUAAAACAGAAGAAAUCAGCAUUAGCCUUGCAUUUUUCCCAGCAAUGAAAAAGAGACUGUAUGACUUCCUCAUAAGAAAACUGCAUGGCUGUUUGCAACUUGGCUUGUCAUUCACGUCACUGUUGCCAAUGCUGAAAUGCACCACCCAUCGCCUCACUGUGCUCACAUCCACUGUUUGCUCUCCUUAAGUGUUCAGCAAGUAUUGGUGAAUGACUGUGGGUGCCAUUUUUUCAACACAGAGGAGUUCUGUGACACACCUUUGCUUCAUACUCACUCCCGUGUCAGAUGCCAUUCUGUCAAGACUGCCCCUCUGCUGCCAUCUGUUGUGCGGCAACAAAAUGGAAUGGAAUACUGAUUGCAAGUUUCAAACUGCUGGCUACUACUGCCCUAGCACCAACAUCUGCCUCUGAUGUUGUGGGCCAACAUAACAUAAUGGGAGGCAUUACUUUCAGAGCAGCCCUCAUGUAUUUAGAUUGAAGUGGCUGCAGGGUGUGCAAGCUCUGUCUUACCAGCACUGAACUUGCUGGAGAGGUUCGGAAUACAACUUCUUGGCAGUUUUAAAAUGGAGAGACCCUAGUUUGAAUAGACCUGUUAGACUAUGACUGACCUUCUUAUUUGGCAGCUUUGGAAAUGUUCAGCAGCAAAACUUGAAGUCUCCAGACUCUUUAAUACUGUCCACAUUGAACUUAACCCUAAGUUAAGUUUCAGCUAUGAAAACUCUCCUUUCACUCUCUUAGAACAGCAUAUUAUUUUUUAAGUCAACCACUAAUGCAAAAUUUGUUUUUUCAGAAAAUGUUAGUGAAUAGGCAGAGGGAGGAGUGGGUGCCUUGCUGAUAUUACAAAUAAAGUCUAAACAGUGGGUGAUGAUCCCUCUAAUAUGCCUGUAAAAGUGAUGCACAAUAUUGUUUUUGUCUUUACCUCAAAUUUCUGUUGAAGUUUUGCUAACACUUUCCUCUUGUCUAGUUUAUUCCAUGAUUGAAACAGUUCUUUCAGACAGUAAUACUGCAUGCAGACACUCUUCUAAGAAUUUGUGCAAGUCUAGACUUAACUUGAGACAGUAUGAGCUGAUUGUUCAAAUGGAGCUUGUCCAAAUACUUCAUUGCAUUGAUGAGACACUGGAUGGUUCAGUUAGCCAUGAUUUAGCCAAUUCAUGACAUCCAGCUUUGCAAUUCAUCAGUAUUAAAUAUAAAUCUUCAAAGGUCAAUCUGAUGACAUUGAAUAUCUUUUUUCUCUGGUUGCAAAUACACAAGUGACUCAAAUAUGUAUGCAUGCCUAGUAGGCCCCAGGGACAUUGACACAGUUUUAGAAGGAUCUUUUGAUAAGGAUUCUUCAGGGAUGCAGUUGGUUGUCAGUGGUUGUGAUAAAAGAUUCUUAAAGGCUGCAAAAAGUAUGUUCAAGAAUGUAUUCAUUGUUUAAAUUCUUUUAGCCAUCUUAAAUCUUAGUUUUGAUUUUUCUGAUUAAGAAAAAAUAAAUCACUUUUUAAGGGCUUUAGUUGGGAUCUUAUCUCUGUUGUGCCCACAUAAAUCAAGGAUAGUACCAGUGAGACUGUGAUAGAUUUUUACUGAUGUAAACAAAGAUUUGGAUUAAUCUGGCCAUCAGUCUAUAAGAGGAAAAUGCCAUGGGUUAUGUUUCAAAGGUUUAUAUCAAGGCUGCUCAGCAUUUAAUAGUAGAGAAAUAAUUUUGGAAGAUGACAUUAAGCGAGUACUGCUGAAGUAUGGUUGGAAUAGGGCAGAGACUGCAUCAUCCAGAGAAACACAGUAAAUACCAGGGAUUGCUCUUCUCCCUCAGGUUUAUAUGAAGAAGUCACCACAGGAACUCACCCACCUAAUUGCCCAUUGAACAUUACAUGUCUCAGAGUAAAGGUUAUUCGCCUCGUGGUUCUAGCUGAAUUCCAUUUUGCAUAAUUGUCUUCUGCGCUUCCUUGAUAGGUAGACAAAGGAGUCCUAAACCAGUAGGUGGAAGCUAUUGUGCAACACUGCUGGAAUGAGGUAGUGAUUUCAAAGUGACAGACAGGGAAUCCUCCUGGUUUGUCCAGCGUGAGGCAUUGCACAUUGUGCAAAGGUGUCCCUCAGAACUAAGCCGCUGCAAACUGUAAGUGGCCUGAUACUGCAGUAUGAUUUUAUUAACUGUUUCAUAUCUUAUGUGUGUCUGAGUUGAGACCACCUUCAGUUUUCCAUAAUGCAAUGUAGCAAUGAGAUUGCAUUUAAGACAGGAGCAGGAGGAAUAUCUGUAAAGCCUCUAUGACAUGGCUGUAUCUGUGUGUCUUCUUGGGUGUGAGGGAGUAGGACCACAAAGUAUGCCUAGUAUAGCUGUUUGUAGUUUUGCCUUUCCUCUUACAAAGUGCAUGCCCCUGUCUUUUCAAGAUUGUCAAGCUUUAUUUCAAAUCCUGGAAAUAUGUUGGAGCAGGUCUUCCAUCCUUGUAGCUCCUACAACUAUAGAAUCCAGGAGGGAUUUGUCUAGAGGAAAAGAAUAAACAAAUCUAGCUGAUGUUAUUUUCUCCUGAAACAGGGAAACCAUGCUCAUGUAUAGCAUAAGCAUAGUAGUUGUUCCUUUCAGACUCGUGCAGAAAUAUGCUCCAAAUAAAACUACCAAAGAAUAGAUCCAAACCUGAUUAGAAAGCUCAUACCUGAGAGGAGUUACCCGUUUUCCCUAUUAAAGGAAAAGGUUGUAAUGCAUAUUAUUGGAGCUUUGUGUGGGAAAUGUUUUCAUUACAGGCCUGGAUGAAUGCAUAAAGGGUGUGCUUAAUAAUUAAUUUGCUAAGAGGAGCGGCAAGCAUCUUGUAAGACAAAUUAGAAUAGAACAAUACUGUGUGAAUUGGGUGGCUUAAUGAAAAAAUAGGAUGAAGUUAAACAAGGAAUAAGUGGCUCCACACAAAGAGGAUGGGUGAGAACUAGCCAAACAAACUGUCAGAAGGUGAACAGGAAUCAAGAACAUUAGGCUACUCCACAAAAGGAAAUCAGAGUAGAGGUGUAGAAAAAAGCACAGUUUAUAGCAUAUGCAAAAAGGUUCUUCAAAAGUACUCAGAUUGGUCAUACUCUAUCUGAUUUGGAGCAAACAAAUAGAAAUUAGGCCAAGAAUUGAAUCUGAGGUGCAAAUGCUUAGAAGAUCACAAUGAAAAAGAAGAUGAAAUGCAGAGGAAACAGUUGAUGACAGUGUUGAGCAGCUAAGUGGUUUGGAUCAUUAGUCUCUGUUAUUGGUGAAGAGGGGGAGGUCCUCCUUGAUUCUAGCUGUUUUCUAGAAGCAAGGGUGUAAGAUAAGGAGACAGCAGACAAAACUUGCUUGUUUGAAAAUGCAAUAGGUUGUUCCAGGGGCUGAAUUCUGAAGUAACCAGGCUAAUUUAAAACAAAAAACGGUUGAUGGCGGAAGGUAUCCAUUAAAAAUAGCAGCUGUUCUAGACAAUUAAAAAGGAACAAAUGUGUGCUUUUUUAGUCUUUUUAAAAAACAGCUGUAAAAGUGAUCUGGGAAUUAAAGACAUGUAAGAUUUACGUCUGGACCUGGAAAGCUGACAAAAUGUUAGCUCAGAACAGCUAAUUGUCUUAAGUUCUAGCCAGGAUGUAUUCAAUGACGGAAUAACAGUACCACCCCUCUCUCCAGCCAUGUAAGUGAAGUAGCAGAUGUAGAAGCAACACCUGACUUAAUUAAACUAAAUAGUCAAAGGGCCCUUCAUUUGGCCUCCAGAAGGCUAUUAAGAGAAACUAGAUGAUUAUAGAGCAAGGUGCGAAGUGCUUUCUUGGUCCAGAAACUGAGUAGGAGAAGAAAGUUUUUUUAUUAGUUUUCAUUACAGAUAAAUUUAAGAGCAGAUGUUCUCCUGUCUGAUGUGUUUAUUAAGUUCAAAAUACAGAUCUUUAUUGAAGCAUAAAAUUUGCAGAGGUUAUUUAGCUCUUGCCCUUGUUCAGGCCAGAGCGGGGAUUUAAAAAAGACCUAGACCUACAGGUGAAUAAACAGUGCAAAGUGUUGACAAGUGCUUUAGAAAAGGCUUGAGAGGGCAGCCAUACCUAGCUGCACCUUCCUGUCACUAUCACUGAGAUGCAGUCCUUACUGUUGAUGCUGGAGGAGACAGGUGCUCAUGCCUUAGCAUCUCUGAGACACCUUGCAGUCCACCACUGAGACCAAAAUGCAUUUCUCUGGGCCCCUGGUGAGAUGACUUUGGUCUGUUGCCUCACUUAACACCAGUGAUGCUGGUAAUGUUUUGCCAAGGAUGUUGGCAGGUCAAAAACCUUCUCCUGGAACCCGUGGGAGUGCUCCCAAAAAGGAUAUCUGAGCAGGAAAAAUUCCUCCUAGAUGUAGCGUUAAAAUGAGGUGGGUGAUGGGCAUGAGCUACAGCACAUCCAUCUCUUAUAGGGAUCUGAAGGGCUCUUUGUCAUGGCGGAGGGCUGGGAGUGGGAAGACCAGUUGUGUUACAAGAAAUUCUGCAUUUAAUGUUACCAUAAAAGUAAUCAUACUGUAAUGCACUUCAGUGAUCUCCAUGAUUACAAACAUUUAUAUGUAUUAAAUCUUAUGUGUUAAAGCACAGUUUGUACUCUUACUUCCUGAAAUUGUGUUAGUGGCAUUCUGGUGAUAGCUGAUCACUUCCAAAUACUAUCUUGAAGCUCUUAUCAAGACUUAUGAAUAUUUUGGAGGAGAUGCUAAUGAGUUAAACCCUUCCUUUUCAAUUUGUAUAGGUCAGAUUGUACUCUUCAGACCACUGGACGGAAUGAUGCUCCUGUUACACUGGAGCAGAUUGCUUUGCUGAGUGGAAAAAUACUUUUUACAUUUGCAUUAAUUAUUGCUCAUGUAUCACAACUCAGAGAAGUUUUGCUGAGUUUAAAGAUGCGAGAGACCCGCAAGCAGAUUUCCUCCCUGACCUUAAUGUACCUACGGACAUAGUCAAAUCUUCCUUUCCUACAUUUAGGGUAUGCUAACAGACAAAUGGAGAGAAAUGCAAUCGUGCUUCUGUUGAAAUUUCACCCGUGGUUGUGCUUGCAUUUCUAAGACUGUGUAGUUUCCAUCUGCUUAACUCAGGGGCUAGUUCAUAUGCCUCAGACAGCAUAAGCUAAAGACAUCUUUCCCAGCAGCUGAAAGAAUGGAUUCUCCAAGACAUGUCCUAGCAGCCCAUCAAGUCUCCUAUGGAAGACAGGAGAAAACGUUCAGCCUAUAUGUGAAAUGUAACGUAUGGAACAUUUAACAAAAGAGAAAGGAUAGGUAUAAUUUAUGCAGGGAGCUGCAAAGGUCAAAGGUGGCUUCUGAAAGAGAGAGAAAAAUUUACACAUCCUGUAUAAUAAUCCUGAAAUAAAGUAAAUCUGAAAUGUAAAAACAACCUGAAAGGCAGGCAAGGCUGAACAUAUUUAAAUAUGUAAUGAAACACAGUUCUCCAAAUGAUUGGGCAGGGCCAUUCUGGUGACCAGGGAGCUGAAGGCCCCCAUCUGGUGUGUCAUGGGUGGGAACACGUUUACCCCCGUGUCAUUAGAUCUGGAAGUUGCAAGUCAGCUGUUUGCAAGCAAGUAAUUCAAAAGAGCUCUGCAAAGGUGCUGAUGAAACACGGAUACAGCAAAGUGCCUAACUGAUAUUAAAAUGAUGCAGGCAUUGAACUUGAAUUGACUUUGAGUAGUAUACAGGCAUUUUUGUUGUCAUUGUAUGCAUCCUGAAUUUGUGUUAGUUUUGUGACUCAGUUACUGCUAAUGUUUAAUCACUCAAUAGAUGUGCUAACAAGCAGGCCCUAAGAAAAACCAGUUGAGUGUUUUCUGGAAGCUGCUAAUUAUGUUUGGCUGGUAUUAGUUUCAGUAACAGUCAAAGAUACUCAACUCCUAACACUCAUUAUUUCCUAUAGGUAAGAACAGAAACCUCAUUAGUGUUGGCUUUCAAAAAAGGUGCACUUGAUCUUGACAGCUGUCCCACGGCAGUACAGCGAGUAGGGAAUUCAUGAUCACUGAUGUAAAUAAGCUCUUUUCCUGGGAGAGGGACCAGAAGCUCGGAGUGCAGUCCAUCCCAUGUGAGAUAAGCUUUCCAAAACCUCCCUCUGAGCAUUGCUGCAUUUUGGAACAGUGGGACUAUGUGGUGUACUUGCUAAGAUUCAUAAAUAUACUCCUCCGUGUACAGAAGACUUGAUGUUUACUACCAUAUAGUCUUUUACUACUGCUUCAAACUCAGAUGCUUUCUGAUCACAGUACAUUCAUUUCAGCAUUCGGACAGCACUAUUUGUAGAGGAUGAAGCACCCAUUGCUUUUUUGCCAUCAUCCCUUGGAACCCGGCCAGGAGGAAAGUCUCCAGAACCAGAAAAAAAAAGAAACGAGCAGGUAUUAUUGUUAUUAUUCUGUGAAAUUGUGUUCAGUUCUGGCUGAGAUCGAAACUUUGUAAUUUCCCUUUUAGCACUUGAAUUCUUAGCAAAACGCUGGCAGUUUGUCAAAGCACACACGGUGUGACCGGGCACAGUGUGCUGCCAGUUAAGAGUUAGGGCAUCUCGGACUGGCAGGAACAAUUCCUGCAGGGGAUGAGGAGAAAGGGCCUUGCUUAGGCUGCAGUUCUCAACACUGCCUCACGUGCUUCAGUGAUCAGACCAACAAAUGGCACCAACACCCAGCUUCCCAAUUAGGGACUUUGUUCUCUUAGGCAGGUGAUGUAGUUACCGGUGCUGUGAUGUGUCUGUGCACAGCUGAUGAUAGCAAAUGGAGAACUUGGCAUGCCAGUUUUCUUGAGUUAAAAGUUGCUUCUGUUGCAGUUAUGCGCUCAAGAGUUAGGAAAAGCUGGAAUUAUGGCCAUAAGCAUAACCUUUUCAUGCAACACCUUCAUGUAUAUUCAUUAUGAUUAAUUAGCUCUUUAAUUAGAGCCCUUAGCUCUGUUUCCAGAUUAUUUUGCACAUCUGUGGAUAGAUUUAAGUAGAAUUCCAGUUUAUCCAUAGAAUCUGAGGGCACGUGGAGAAAAGAAUAAAGGAAAGGGUCUGUUGGAAGAGAAGGGAUCAUCCUGUGAUAAAGGCAGGUGAAUGAGAAGAAUUCUCUUUUGUCCCUGUUGCUGCUGUAGUCUUUGUGCAUGUUGCUGAGUAAGCCGCUUUAACCAAGAUACCUUUUUGUGGCUCUUGUGUUUGUCUCACCUCCCGGGCUCCUCGGGCCUAAUGUGCAGAAGUGCUGAGUGCUCACAGGUACAAAUGAAAUCGAUAGGAGCCAUGGGCACUCAGCAUUUCUGGGCCGAGUCGGAGCGGAUGGGAUAUGUAGACAUGGGGAGAGAUUGCUGGGAGUCAGCUUUUCCUCUGCAGACGAUUUGCAGCAUGGUCUCUGGCAUGUUUCUUUGUCAUGAAGACAGCACAUCUUGCAGGAGAUGUGAAUUAGUUCACAUCUGCGAGGUACUUGUGGUGAAAAACACCCCCAAUAAUACUGCGUGGAAUCACUCCCUCCAUGUGCAGAGCAGUUUUGGAGUGUUGUUGAUGAUGCAGUAGUCCUGCACGUGUGUUAAACCAUGUCACGUGUAUCCCUACACAUAUAAGACAUCCCUGGAGAACACUCCAGACAGGUGCUGUUCUUAAUGCAAUGGUUAGGGUAGGGAGUGUGGGUUUUCAAACAGGUGGAUUAAUUGCCCUCUGUCCAUCCCUGUGGGAAGCUAACAUACCUACCAGCAGAGCCACUCCUUAAAUUAUAUCUGGGAAUAGUUUCAGUAAUGGUUUUAAUUAACUUCAGGAAGGCUGGAUGGGACUCAGACGCUAUUAAAGAAAAAUAAAUAGUUUUAGAAUUCAUAAUUAAGGGUAAGGGUUGGAGUCUUGGAAGAAGAUGCGUCUUUCUGGUGGAAAAUUGGAUUGUGUCAGUAGAGUUCCUUUGGAUUUAUACCUGUAAAUGUCAGAGAAGAAAAUGGCCUGAAAUGCUUGUACACAAAUGAGCUGCACCUGCUUGCAGUGAAAUCACUAUCAAAAUUUCCAUUUCUUUCAAUAGCAGAAAGAGGUGAUGGAUUAGGAAAAUUUAAUUCAGGGCUUUGGGGAAUUAUAUUCACAACUGUAAUUGUAUUUAUAGAAAACGCACGUUGAUCCUUGAACAAAUUCUCAGUACAGCUGGCCAUUGAAAACAAUCAGCAGUGUUGCAGAUGCAUACUCACACUCUUCAUAUGAUUAACUGUUUGUUAAAAAGAACACAGGGAUGUAACAAUAAAUACUGCCCUGCUUGCAGUUACUUUGAGCUGUAGAACAGAUAAAGCAGAGGGUGCAGGUAUGAGCUCAGUGAAUGUAUCCAUACUUAAACAAACAGUGGCAAAUCUACUUCUUCACUCUGAAUGUUAAGACUGAAGAAAGGGCAGUCUUUAAAGUAUAUGAGGGCUGCUCCAAAAGUAAUGCCUCCUGUUUUAUUCUGCUGGCCCACAAUGUCAGAGAUUGAUGACAGUGGUAUGGCAGCAGAGGCUGAGUCUUCCCAGCAAUAUUACAUUCCGUUUUUGCUGCUGUGCGAUGGAUAGCAGCGGAGGGGCAGUCUGACAGAAUGGUGUUUGACAUGGAAGUGUGUACGACGCAAAGGUGGGGAACUGAAUUCCUCCAUGCAGAAAAAAAAUGGCACCCACAGACAUUCACCAGUGCUUGCUGAACGUUUAUGGAGAGCAAAUAGUGGAUGUGAGCACACUGAGGCUGGAGGUGGUGUAUUUCAGCACUGGUGACAGUGGAUCAUCUCCACUGGUGCAGAUGUUUACAAGUGUGGCAUAGAGGCUCUUGUUCAUCGCUGUCAUAAAUGCACAGCUAAUGGUGGUGGCUGUGUUGAAAAAUAGUGGUUUGAAGCUGAGCAUUUGCUCUAUCAAACAGCCUUAUUGUGCUUUUUGUAGCUGUUGUGGUUUCCAUGGAAAUAAACAGGAGGCAUUACUUUUGGAGCGACCUACAUGUGUAUGCACAUGCAGAUAUUUAACUAAUGGGGUCUUGACACAUUAGCUUAUAAUUCCGACUCUCUUAUUAAAAUCAUCCACCAAAUUUUGAAGCAGAAAUUAAAUCUUUCUCUAAUUAAAAGCAUUACUUUUCAAAUGAGACUGCGUACUGUGACAAAUGCUUCUGUAUUCUGCGUUAGUACUCAAGCUCCUCAGCUCUUGCAUUUGUGGGUCCCUCUUCAGUGUAAAGCAAGCGAGAUUCUCUGCUGAGAUCCUUGUGACUCAUCUAAUAGCGCUGGUGAGAAAUGCUGGCUAGUCCAACAGCCAGCCCCAACACUGCUGUGCGUGUUGCUCAUGCUGAGGGACUUCCCUGCACUUCCUAUUCUCUGCGUAACAGAUCUGAUAUGCUGGCUUCUCAGCAGCCUCGGUGCCCGAAGUAGCACGUUGAACACUUCAGAGAGGAGUGGAUGUGAACUGCCCUAUGGAUAACAUCUUGGGUUCCUCUGCACAUACGUAGAAUAAACAAAACAGAAGCCCUGAAGUCGCAGAAUAAAGUGCUCUGAAAGGGAGAAAGAAUACAGUAUACACAGCUGGAGUUGUUUUGGAAGCUGUAUCCAUCCAGGGUUGAAAGGAAGAUGGGGAUAUAAUUCAGCAGUUACUUCUGGAGCAGCUGUUGUUCAUCUGGCUGACGGAGGGACCAGGAAAAAAGGUAAUCAACGUAUCACCUAAACAUUUGUGUCUGAGAAGUGCAAUUAAGGACAUCUCUCUGUGACAGCACAGCAAACUUUGAUGGAGUAUGAAGAGGGCUCAGAAGUUCACAUCUGGCUUGAGUGAAGUUUGACAAAAAAUGCUACAGCAGUUCUGUCUCUGGAAGUGGUUAGCUGUAGGGAUUGCCGUGGCUACUAUUUUAGCAAGUUCCUUGGCCCAAAAUGAUGAAGAUUGCAAGUUGGCCAGAACAGGUCCUCCAGCCACAAUAGUUCCCAUUGAUGAAGAGAGUCGGAACGGCACUAUCCUGGUUGACAAUAUGCUGAUCAAAGGAACAGCAGCGGGGCCGGACCCCACCAUUGAGCUCUCCUUAAAGGACAAUGUUGAUUACUGGGUGAUCCUUGAUCCCAUCAGCCAGAGGUUGUACUUAAACAGCACUGGCCGAGUUCUGGACAGAGAUCCUCCAAUGUCCAUCCAGUCCAUUGUGGUACAAGUCCAGUGCGUUAACAAAAAGGUUGGCACCAUUAUCAACCAUGAGGUACGGAUUGUGGUGAGAGACAGGAAUGAUAACUCACCUCAGUUCCAGCAGCAGCGAUACUACGUGGCAGUAAACGAGUUGACUCCAGUUGGAACGACCAUCUUUACAGGAUUUUCUGGAAACAAUGGUGCUACCGACAUCGAUGAUGGUCCGAAUGGCCAGAUAGAGUAUGUCAUCCAGUACAAUCCUAAUGACAAAACUUCCAACAGGACCUUUGAUAUCCCUCUCACUUUGUCCGGAGCAGUAGUUCUACGGGAGAGACUAAAUUAUGAGGAAAAGACUCGUUACUUUGUGAUUGUUCAAGCCAAUGACCGAGCUCAGAAUCUUCAUGAGCGAAGGACAAGUACAACCACCCUCACAGUGGAUGUGCUGGACGGGGAUGACCUGGGACCAAUGUUUCUUCCUUGUGUCUUGGUGAAUAAUACUCGUGACUGUAGACCUCUCACCUACCAAGCAAGCUUGCCAGAACUGACUGAUCCUGUGCAUGUGAACCCUAUCAGUGUCACUCCACCCAUACAAGCCAUAGAUCAAGACCGAAACAUCCAGCCUCCUUCUGAUCGACCGGGCAUCCUCUAUUCCAUCCUCGUUGGUACUCCCGAGGAUUAUCCACAGUAUUUCCAUAUGAACCUCACAACAGCUGAACUCACGCUCUUGAAGCCAAUAAACAGGGAUUUGCACCAGAAGUUUGACUUGGUUAUUAAGGCUGAACAAGACAAUGGCCAUCCUCUUCCUGCCUUUGCCAAUUUACAUAUUGAAGUCCUUGAUGAGAACAAUCAGAAGCCUUACUUCACAAAAUCUACAUACGAGGGCUUUAUCCUUGAAUCCUCCCCAGUGGGAACAACCAUCUCAGAUAGCCGGAAUCUGACCUCUCCAUUACAAAUCACGGUGUUGGACAACGAUGUUGAGGAGACCAAGGACCCCCAGCUCCAUCUCUUCCUGAAUGACUACAAUACGUUUUUCACUGUGACCCAGAGUGGCAUCACCCGCUACCUCACCCUGCUGCAGCCGGUUGACAGAGAAGCCCAGCAGCUCUACACCUUCUCGAUGAUAGCUUCUGAUGGCGUACAGGAGAGUACCCCAGUGACGGUCAAUAUUGUGGUGAUUGAUGCAAAUGAUAAUUCCCCAACCUUCUCCAAUAUAUCUUACAAUGUCAAGAUUUACACAGAUAUGGGGCCUGGGGAAGGCGUUAUAAAGCUCACUGCUGUAGAUGCGGACGAGGGACCCAAUGGACAGAUAGUGUAUGAAAUUUUGGCUGGGGAUCAGGGAGACUUCAUCAUCAAUGACCGAACAGGCCUUAUCGCCAUUGCUCCAGGAGUUGUAUUGUCAGUGGGGCGAUCCUAUGCUCUCACUGUCAAAGCAUCUGAUAGCGCUCCUCCUGCACAGAGAAGGAGCUCUAUUACUACAGUUUAUAUCGAGGUCCUUCCACCCAACAACCAGAGCCCUCCCCGCUUCCCGCAGCUGAUGUACAGCCUGGAAGUCAGUGAGGCCAUGAGGACUGGAGCGAUUUUGUUAAACCUGCAGGCUUUUGAUAGAGAGGGUGACCCUAUAAGAUACCUCAUUGAGAAUGGAGAUCCGCAACAAGUUUUUAAUCUCUCUCAAAGUUCUGGACUGCUAGCCUUAGGAAAGCCCUUGGACAGAGAAAGCACUGAUCGUUAUAUUCUGAUCGUUACAGCCUCGGAUGGCAGACCAGAUGGGACUUCAACUGCUACAGUUAAUAUUGUGGUGACGGAUGUAAAUGACAAUGGGCCAGUUUUUGAUAUGUUUCUACCUAAAAACCUGUCUGUACAGGAAGAGGAAGCCAAUGCUUUCGUUGGUCAAGUAAGGGCUACAGACCCGGAUGCUGGUGUUAAUGGUCAAGUUCAUUACAGUCUGGCAAACUUCAAGAAUCUUUUUCGAAUCACUUCAAAUGGCAGCAUAUACACAGCAGUUAAGCUGAACAGAGAAGUACGAGACUAUUACGAACUUAUUGUUGAAGCAACAGAUGGAGCUGUGGACCCUCGCCGUUCAACACUAACUUUAGCAAUCAAGGUGCUGGAUAUUGAUGACAACAGCCCUGUUUUUACAAAUGCUUCCUACUCUGUCUUGGUGCCUGAAAAUCUACCACCCGGCACUGUCUUCCUUCAGAUAGAGGCGAAAGAUGUUGAUCUUGGUUCUAAUGUUACCUAUCGAAUCCGGACGCAGGAAGCACUGGAGUAUUUUGCACUGAACAAGUAUACGGGCGAGUUAUCACUUCUGAAGUCCUUGGAUUAUGAGUCAUUCUCUGACACAGAUGCAACUUUCACCUUCCUUGUGGAAGCCUUCGACAGCAAGGGCACUAUGCCUCCAGGUCUUGCUACCGUCACAGUGAGGGUAAAGGAUAUGAAUGAUUACUCGCCGGUAUUUAGCAAGACGCUCUACAGAGGAAUGGUUGCUCCUGAUGCUGUCAAGGGCACUGUUAUCACUACCGUUUCAGCUGAGGAUCAAGAUCCUCCGGGCACACCAGCAAGCCGAGUCCGGUACAAAGUUGACGUUGUCCAGUUUCCUUACAGUGCCAGCAUUUUUGAUGUGGAGGAAACCUCAGGACGUGUAGUAACACGGGUAAACCUAAAUGAAGAGCCAAGUACAGUGUUCAAGCUAGUGGUCAUUGCAUAUGAUGAUGGAGAUCCUGUGAAGUUCAAUACCACUACUGUAGAAAUUGCUGUACUUCAACCUUCGGUAAUCCCACGGUUCACGCAGGACGAAUACAGACCCCCCCCAGUAAGUGAAAGUGCACCAAAAGGAACUGUGGUCACUGUGGUGAUGGCAGCUGCCUUGAACCAAACUAUCGUAUAUUCAAUAGUGUCAGGAAAUGAAGAGGAUGUGUUUGCUAUUAAUAACAGAACAGGCGUGAUCUCCGUUAAAAAGCCUCUGGAUUAUGAAAGAGUGACAAGUUAUGAACUUCGAGUUCAGGCAGACUCGUUACAAGUGGUACGAUCCAACCUGCGUGUCCCAUCCAAAAGUAAUACAGCCAAAGUGUUCAUUGAAGUGAAGGAUGAAAACGAUCAUGCGCCUGUCUUUACCAAAAAAAUGUACAUUGGAGGAGUGUCUGAAGAUGCUAAAAUGUUUUCUUCUGUGCUUAAAGUUAAGGCUGACGAUAAAGACACUGGGAAUUACAGUGCCAUGCAGUACAGGCUCAUCAUUCCUCCAAUCAAGGAUGGUAAAGAAGGUUUUGUGAUUGAAGCUUACACAGGGCUAAUAAAAACUGCUAUGCUGUUCAAAAAUAUGAGAAGAUCCUAUUUCAAGUUUCAGGUCAUUGCGACUGAUGAUUACGGAAAAGGACUGAGCAGCAAAGCAGACGUACUCGUCUCUGUGGUCAAUCAGUUGGAUAUGCAAGUCAUCGUCUCUAAUGUUCCUCCCACCCUUGUGGAACAAAACAAAGAUCAACUCAUAGGGAUUCUGGAACGCUACGUCCAAGAUCAGAUUCCUGGUGCAACCGUCGUGGUGGAAUCCAUUGGCGCACGGAGGUUUGGGGAUGGAUACUCCGAAGAGGAUUAUACCAAGUCUGACCUCAUGGUCUACGCCAUUGACCCACAAACAAAUAGAGCCAUAAUGAGGAAUGAACUUUUUAAGUUCCUCGAUGGCAAACUGCUGGAUAUCAAUAAAGAGUUUCAGCCGUACCUGGGACAGGGGGGACGCAUCCUGGAGAUCCGCACCCCGGACGUGGUAGCAAAUGUCAAGAAGCAGGCGCAAGCUGUGGGCUACACAGAAGGUGCAUUACUGGCCCUGGCCGUCAUUAUCAUCCUGUGCUGUAUGCCAGCUAUUUUAAUAGUCAUGGUCAGCUACAGACAGCGACAGGCUGAGUGUGCUAAGACUGCAAGAAUCCAGAUGGCCCUACCGGCAGGCAAACCAGCAAGCACUGCUGCCAAUAACCUCUACGAAGAGCUUGGUGACAGCACCAUGCGAGGAUAUGCACAGCAAGAGCAACAGCAGUUGCUGAGACCUUCCCUUCUCAGACCAGAGGAGUUAAGUAUGGAGUCUGGAAUUGAUCCAGGGCAGGAAUACUACGGGCAAGAUUACUACAGUUAUGAGCAUGGGUAUGAACUGCCUCAGUAUGGGAGCCGCCGCCGCUUGCUGUCUCCUUCAGGGAUGUAUGAUGAGUAUGGGGAAGUCAUGGUGGAGAAUGAUGGCGGCUACUACUAUAGUCCACAUGGAUCAACAGCGGAAGAGGGAAUGAGUCAAAGCAGAGGUCCUUCGAGCAGAGGUAUAAGCCAGAGAGCAGGGGCUCAAAUAGAAGGUAGACCUUUAGAUGGUGGGAUGGAUCUAAGGCAUGGCUCUGGAAGAGCAUAUAGAACCAGCCAGGGAAGGAGAAAACUAAAAGCAGUGAUGCAUUUAAGUCGUGUAGCAGUCAGUGCUCACAAACCAGUAGGAAGAAGUGAGUCUGCUCAUUCUCCAUGGAAGAAAGCAAAGAUAUUCCCAAUGAUUCUGCAGAAAGUGAAAGGCAGUAGGAAGGAUUCCAGUUACGCCAAGUUGAUGUCAGCUCGCCAGGCGGAUGGUGAGAAAAGCAUGAUUAUCAGGGGAAGCUACUUCCAGAAAUCAACAGAUGACAGACCUUCAAUGAGAAAGCUAAAUCAUGUGUUAAAACGCAUCAGUGUCUCCAGAAAAUUUCAAGAGCCUACUAGCAAAGAUGCAGUGCAUGUGGGAGGAAAAGAAGAGGAAGAAAGAGAUGAAGCAAAGUCAGGAGUUUCAAUAAGUAUCACAGCAGAGAGCGAACAUGAGGAAAGUGAUUAUGAGAAGAAGAAGAAGAGGAGAAGAAAAUACAGCUCGGAUGAGUCCUCCGCGAAGAGUAGUAGCUCUGGGUCGGAGUCAGAAGAUAAAGACUAUUUGACAGUAACUCUGGACCAAGAUGAAGCCACUGAAAGUACCGUGGACUCCGAUGAGGAAUCUGGACACGAUAUCGGUGAUUCCGAUGAUGGCUCUGGAUCCAGCUCUAGCAGUGAAUCAGAGGAGGACUCUUCUGAAGAGGACAGCGAUGAGGAAGAGUCUGACAGCGAUGAAGACGAUAGCCUGUCACAAAGCUCAUCUACACAAAGUUCAUUCAGCAAAUCGGGAACUAGUGAGUCCAGCAGUAGAAGUAGUACUGGAAGGUCAAGUACAAAAAGUAGGGGAAGUAGCUCUCGUGGCAGAGCAAGGCGAUCCAGCCAGAAAUCAGUCAGCUCGAACACAUCAGGUGCAAGCUACAGGAAAACAUCGGGAUCCAGCUACAAGAGCAAAACCUCCUCUGCCAGCCUUGAAAUAGAAGACACGAUAGAAGAGGUUUCAGAAGAAGAUGAGCAAGCAGACGCGGAGCAAGUCGGUGCAAGCCCUGAUGAGACAAUAGAUAACACAAAGAAUAAGACAGUUUCUAAAACAUCUGCAAAUGCAAAAAGUGCUAAAAAUGCUGCUACGGAAGAAGACAAGAGAAGAAAGUCGGGUGUUAACAGUGGGGAUAAUGGGGAUGAAAGCGCAGAAGAGGUUGAUACAGAUGGUAGUGACAAGGAGGAAACUGUCAGUAAGAACGGAAGUGAAAUCAGUGUUAAUUCCAGAGGUACUGGAGGGAUAAAAAGCACAGCUAGUGCCACUUCUGGCAGAACUGCUACUUCCCCUGAUACUGAGACUCAGAGUUCUGACAUCAACUGGGCCAGAAAGAAAAGGAUCAAGUUGAUUGUUGACCCGGAGUAUGAGACCAGCUCUACUGGAGAAGACAGCGCUCCUGAUUCCAGCCAGAGGAGUCGUCUUAAUAACCCCAAUAUUCAAAACAACGUCAAUGGUAACAUCUACAUUGCACAGAAUGGCUCUGUUGUCAGAACCCGUCGUGUUUGCCUUGCUAAUAAUUUAAAAGUGACAUCUCCAGUGAGGCUGGGUAAACAGUUCAAGAAACUGGACAAGCUUGCAGUGACACACGAGGAGAAUGUCCCACUGAACACAUUGUCAAAGGGAUCAUCUUCUAGUGAUAAAGUGAACACAAGACCUUGUAGUGUCUCAUUUGCUUCCUCUAUAGGGGCCGAAAACAUAGUAACGAAGCCAGGUGGCUCCAAAAUGAAAAGCACAGAAGAGCAAGAAUCUGUUGUUGAUAACGAGGACACAAAAGAGCCCUUGGAGUCUCACAGUGAACACACACAGUCAGAUGAAGAGGAACUCUGGAUGGGCCCUUGGAAUAACCUUCACAUACCAAUGACAAAACUGUGAUUUUUUUUUUUUAAUUUUAAUUUUUACUUCAGUUUAUAAUAAACUGCACUUUUUAUUGUCACUGAAGAAAACGUAUGAAAUUUGUAUCGUGCACACAUGUUGUAUACUACAAAUGACAUGCUUUAAAGUUUAAAAACAAAAUUUGCACUCACAUUUGUACCAAUUAAUUGUCCUCCCCAACUAUUUUGACAGGCUCACAUUUCACUAAACAAUACUUCAUUUAAGUUAAUUAGUUUUUUUUAUCUUGAUUUAUUGUUUAAUAAAUGGUAAACUACUAAUAUAUGCACAGCAACAUUUGGUUAACUUUUCAGACCGUUCUAUACAUGCCUAGCUUGUUUUUCCUGUAUUGGUACUUGUGGCUAUACUGUUUAGAUUUGGAAAGUGUCUACUUAUGUUCAAGAUUUAUAUCCGGAGCUCUUGAUUCUGAGCUCAGAGGAAUAAAUUAAAAAUAAAUCCAUGAAAGUCAAUGGAGCAAAUCCUCGGCUGGUUUAAAUUUGAGUAACAGUACCAAAGUCCAUAGCGAUACAGCCACUUUAUGCAAGCAGAGAAUCUCACUCAACGCUGAAGUAGCAAACUUACAUAACAGUGGAAUUAGCAUUUGUAAGAGUACAGCGUAUUUAAGCAGAACUGUGAAAUAGUUGAUUAAAUACAGUAGAAAUUGUAAAGGGGAAGGAAAUGUGUGGCAAUUAAUCUUAUUCAGAGCCACCUGUCCGUGGUUUAUUCAUUUUCUUUUGUGAAUUAGCUCGUUCCAAUUUUCUUCUCUAGUCAGUUUUUCAUCUUUUCAUCUCUUCCCACAUCAGUUAUGUUUUCUUCUUUUUACAGUCUUUUAGCUCCAGUUUUUAUGAUCCAUCAAUAAUUGUCAUCCUAUGGCUGUAUUCCUCUGAAAUAAACCAGGAUGAUACAGGACUUUAAGAGACGGAAAGAGGCAUAAAAAGUAAUUAAUAGGAAGGGGAUAGAUAGAUUUUCAAGCCCAGCUAGCUGUUGGGUUAAAUGCUACGAGCUCCAUUCCACUCAAACAUAAACCUGCUGUAAGACAAAUGGAUCAUGGCGAAGGGGAAAAAAAGUGAACAUUUUCCAAGGCUAACAUUUUCCUAAUACGUGUAAAUGCAGCUGUGAAGGGCAGAGGCUGUCAGAAGACACAGAAUUGUUUCAAAAUCUUUGAAGUAAGCAUUAGUUGUAAAAUGCACUGUAUGAAAUACUGGCAGCUGCUUUUAAUUUCUGCUUGUAACCUGAAGUAGUGAACGUGUCAUUUUACAACUUCAGCAGGGAGCUGAGAGACACUGCUGUUCAUAACUACCAAGUAAUAGCUAAAAAGCAUUAGCAAUACAGAGCAAACUGUUCUUCUCCAGUGAGAUAUUAGGUGGGGGAAAAAAAAAGAACAAAAAAAAGUGUAUAUUCACACGAGAAAAGUGUCCUGUUAUAUUACACCAGCUUUUUCUUCAGGAUGAGAUCAAACUAGCUGUGAGAACAAUACCGAUACCUCUUGAAAGUUGGGAACAGUCAACUGAUAAAUGUGUGCAAUUAAUGAGGAAAAGAUGGGCAUCAUCCUUCUUUUCCUGUCCCUGUAGUUAAGUUUUACCUCAAGAUCUGGAUGACGAUCGUUGUUGGUUCUGCUCUGGUAGUAAAUGGACUUGUGCUACUGUGAUUUUGUUUGUUUUCCCCUUGCACAGGUUCUCCUACAGGAAACUUCUUUCAGUGUUUGUCUUUAGAAGCUGUUCGCAUGUUAUGCUAAUGUAAAUGUGACAUUUCUGUCAAAUACCUCCUUUUCAACUUGAGGUUUCUGACCAAAUAUUUUGAGUGACAGUACUUGUUUUUAGGCAUGAGAAAUGCAACAUAGCCUACCAUGCGAGAAACAAAAAGAUCGGGUAUUUCUUUCUCCUAAAUCUUUUACCUUGGCAUAUUUGGACUGGGUACCUAACAAGAAAAAAUAAGCUGUUUGGAGUUUAGCUGGAGUCUGAACGUACAGACAAGAAUGAUGGAAGAAAAAGAAUCUAUUCUUUGAAAUAACUAGUAAAAUGUUCUAUUUUAAUCCUGUU